AUGUACCCAUCUCUCAUCUUUCUCGUUCUCUUCUUAUCUUCUCUUUCCAAUCAUUUCCAUGUCUCUAAAGCUGCUGCUUCUACCACUACUAAUGUUGUAAGUAUUUCAUCUUAUAUACAUACAUACAUACAUAUAUAUAUACAUAUAUAUAUAUAUAUAUAUAUAUUGUUAUAUUUUUUUAUAUUUUUUUUUUUUGUUUUGCUAGGGCAGAUGAUGCAGAAGAAAAACAGUGUCAAGAGAAUGGAAGAAGGUUUGGCAAGAGCGAGAGCAGCAAUAAGAGAAGCAGUUACAACACACAAGUAUACGUCUUACAAGGAGGAGACUUUCAUCCCAAGAGGAUCCAUUUACGUAAACCCUUAUGCCUUUCAUCAGAGCCACAUAGAAAUGGAGAAGCGAUUCAAAGUGUGGACUUACAAAGAAGGAGAGCCACCCAUCUUCCACAGUGGUCCGAUGAACGACAUCUACUCCAUCGAGGGACAGUUGAUCGAUGAACUGGAGAGCGACAAAAGCCCAUUCCUUGCUCGCCACCCCGACGAGGCACUCGGAUUCUUCCUCCCUGUCAGCAUUGUCAAUAUCGUCAAAUUCGUUUACAGGCCUUACACCAAUUUCUCUCGCGAUCGUCUGCAGAACAUUGUCGUGGACCACAUUGGCACUGUGUCCACCAAAUAUCCAUACUGGAACAGAAGCAAUGGGGCUGAUCAUUUCCUUGUUUCUUGCCAUGAUUGGGCACCAGAUGUUUCAACUGCCAACCCUAAGUUAUUCAAAAACUUCAUCAGGGUUCUAUGCAAUGCUGACACUUCUGAAGGAUUUAAACCCAUGAGAGAUGUCUCCUUGCCAGAAAUCAAGAUCCCAUAUGGAGAAUUAGGGCCACCCCACCUUGGUGAAGCCCCUAACAACCGUAGGAUCCUCGCCUUCUUUGCAGGUGGUGACCAUGGUGACGUAAGAAAAAUACUAUUCAAAUACUGGAAAGACAAAGACAAGGAUGUCCAAGUUCACCAAUACCUGCCCGAAACCCUAAAUUACUUCGAGUUGAUGAGCGGAACCAAGUUUUGCUUGUGCCUGGGUGGAUAUGAAGUCGCAAGCCCUAGGGUUGUGGAAUCCAUAUACACCGGGUGUGUCCCGGUGAUUAUUUCAGAUAGUUAUGUGCUGCCAUUCAGUGAUGUUCUUGAUUGGAGCCAGUUUUCCGUUCAUAUUCCGCUUUCGAGGAUCCCGGAAAUCAAGAAAAUCUUGGAAGGAAUUCCAAUGGAUGAGUAUGUGGAAAAGCACAAAAGGGUUAUGCAGGUGCAGAGGCAUUUUGUGAUCAAUAGGCCUUCUCAGCCAUUUGAUUUACUGCAUAUGGUGCUUCAUUCAGUUUGGAUCAGGAGGCUUAAUGUGAGGCUACCAUUAUGA